AUGCAGCUUUUGGAAAUUGCGUCUAAUUUUCUUAGUGCAUGCUCAAAGAGGCUUAAUGUUCGGCUUCUGACCCUAGUAACCUUAUCCCUGUUAGCCACAUUUCACACAUAUUGUCUUUACAUUUUCAUCUUUGAUGUACAGGAAUAUGAUAUAGUAAUCAUAUCAAGACUAAUUCUAGAAUCCAGACCAGGCCAUGCAGCCAGAAACUAGGUUGAAUAUAUAUAUUUCUCUAAUUAUGAACAAUCACACGACGUCACAACAUCCAUG